AUGAAGAUUAUUUCUCUUGUCUCAUUGGUACUCGUAUUUCAAUGCACAACAAUCAGUGCUCAGACGACUGUAUCCAUCUCAGCAACAAGUGAGCCGUAUGUCGAAAAUCCUCCUCCAAAUCCUCCUAUGUAUCCUCCAAGAUGGACAGCAACUGCACAUUUUCAAUUUGUAAACAUGACGAGCAAGAAACCUGCAGGUUCUGGUAUCUUAUAUCAAAUUAUUGAUUCACCCAAUCAAAAAUUUCGAGCUGAUGAUCUCUAUUUUGCCGGAACAUUUCCUUCUCCAUACGACACAGUUUUUACCUCAUCGGAGCCAUCUAACACGUAUCAAUACUAUGCGAAUGUCACCUCGGAUGGAGUAUUCUGUAUUACAUAUCCAGGCAAGCCAACAACACUGUCACAAAAUUGGGUAAAAGACUUCUGCUCGUACAAUUUGACACUCUAUUAUGGAACAACAAAAGCCUAUCGAUGGAACUGUGCUACUGAUGUUGUGUUUUGGUUUACUGAUACGGCAGCUGAUGAUGGACGCCUGAUUUAUCAGCAUACUUUACCACAGCCGUUCUUUGAUGUUUAUCAAUACCUAUGGUUCACAAAUUAUACUGUGGUCGCUGAAGAAUUUGAUCCAACCAUCUUCGUUCCACCAAAAGGAUGGAAUUGUGAACGUCGGCCAACCAGUGGAGUCGUAAAAUAUACAUUUUGCGUCACACUGCUAUUUACUUCUAUGCUGCUUUUCGUUCUUGAAAAUAUGAACGGGUGGUCCUGA